AUGCAUCACUCACUUACUCUACUUGCAAGCUUUGCACUGGCUCUUGCGUCGCCUGCACCAUCACAUACUCCUUCUUGUUCUUCUAGUGAUAAUGGUGACGCGCGUGUUGGAGCCGUAGCAACCCAAAGUGACACCUGCAGCCAUAUUGGCACGCAGUUGCUCAAGGAUGGAGGCAAUGCCGUUGAUGCCAUGGUCGGUGUCGUAUUCUGCGUUGGGGUCAUUGGCAUGUUUCACAGUGGCAUCGGCGGCGGUGGUUUUAUGCUAGUGAGGCUGCCGAACAAGGGAUAUGAAUAUAUUGACUUUCGAGAGACGGCUCCCGCAGCGGCCACACAAGACAUGUACAACAAUGAUACGGACCUAAGUAUUUUUGGUGGUAUGGCUAGUGGUGUCCCUGGACAGGUAAAGGGUCUUGAAUAUGCCCACAAGAAACAUGGGGCUUUACCCUGGCAGUACAUUGUCAAGCCCUCCGUCAAGGUUGCCAGAGAGGGCUUUACAGUCACUCAAGAUCUGGUGGAUGCCAUGGAAGGUCUUGAUUUUCUUAAGGACGACCCUGCAUGGGCAAUCGACUUUGCUCCUCAAGGCCGUUUGGUGAAAUUGGGAGAGACAAUGACGCGAAAACGUCUAGCUGAUACCUUGGAAGCAAUUGCAACUGGUGGCAGUGAUGCAUUUUAUACCGGCCCCAUUGCCAACGCAACUAUAAGAGCGCUCCGUGCUUCCAAGGGUAUAAUGACGCUGGAAGACUUGAAGAAUUACACGGCAAUCACCAGAGACGCCUUGAGCAUCAACUACCGCGGGUAUAAACUCGCCAGUACUGGUGCUCCCUCGUCUGGAGCCGUGGCACUUAGUGCUCUCAAUACCGUGAGUGGCUAUGAUGAUUUCUUCCACCCUGACAGUGUGAACAUCUCGACCCAUCGUCUCGAUGAAGCCAUGCGCUUUGCAUAUGGUCAGCGAACGUCAUUCGGUGACCCAUCGUUUGUCUCUGGGCUAGAUAACUACACCCAUAAUAUGUUGACGGCCGCCACCGGAGCUGAAAUCCGCUCAAAAAUCUCCGACAAGACAUCGCACAACGUGUCGUGGUAUGACCCCAAAGGCAUUGAGUCCCUAAAUACUCCUGGAACGUCACACAUGGUCACGGCGGAUGCCUCUGGCAUGGCUGUUUCUCUCACCACAACAAUCAAUUUGCUAUUUGGCUCGCAGCUGAUAGUCCCAGAGACGGGUGUCAUUAUGAAUAAUGAGAUGAACGACUUUAGCAUUCCGGGAUCAAGCAAUGCCUUUGGAUAUAUUCCCAGUCCGGCAAAUUACAUCCGACCUGGCAAACGCCCCCUUUCUUCUAUAUCGCCAGUUAUUGCGGAAACUGCAGACGGUCGGCUAUACUUUGUUACUGGCGCAGCAGGAGGUAGCCGAAUCACGUCGACAAACAUACAGACCAUGGUGCAUGCCUUGGAUGAAAAGCUCGAUCCCCUGAGCGCACUUAGGAAGCCCCGUUUCCACGACCAGCUCGUUCCAAACCAGGCUGAAUUUGAGUGGACGUUUGACAACUCUACGGUUGACUUUAUGCGUUCUGUGGGCCAUAAUGUCACUUGGGUUAAGCCUGGGUUUAGUCUGGCACAGGCUAUUCGUUUAUUGUCGAACGGAACAUUUGAAGCGGCGGGAGAACCUAGAAUGACAAAUUCCGGAGGUUAUGCCGUGUAA